AUGAGUAGUGCUGCACCUAAAAAUUAAGUUAGUUAUCCAUUUAUGAGCAAGAUUUUAGGAAUAUCAUUCCUUAAAAUGAGCGGAGAUAGAAUAUAUUCUAAAUAUUAUACCACUGCUUUUCAACAAUCUAAAUUGAAUGUGAACAAUAAUAACAUUUAAACAUUCGAAGGUUAAAGAAAAUUUGAAUAAGACAUCUGCAAUAAAGCAAUCAAGCUAAAAAUCAAAGAUAUGAAACCAAGUUAGACUGAAAUAUUUUCAUUCUACUAGUUGAAUAUUGUUUUCAAAAAAUUCAAAGACGUGUUAUUGUUUAUAUUUUCAGAUUAAGAAGAAAACGAAAUUCUCCUAAGUUAAAUCCUUGAUGUUAUAUUAGAAUCAUUAAAUCACAUAACACAAGACAAUAUAGAUGUAGAAUAAAUUAUUUCCAAAUUUGAAUCAGUUAUUACAAUCAUAGAUGAAAUCAUCCAUGAAGGAAUUGUAGUAAACUUAGAAUCAAAUACUUUGUUAGCAAGAUCCAUGAUGGCAGACACUCAUAACAUGAAUUUAAACCCUAGUGAUAAAAAAGCCUUUUCUUCUGUGUUUGAUAUUGCUAAGAGUAAAAUAAAGUAGCAACUUCAUAUGUGA